AUAAAAACUCUGGUGCGUGAAUUUCCGGUUAUUUUUCGCUCGCGGACAUUACUGCACUUUUCGUACAAAAAGGUUUACUGCUAGCUUGCUCAAGUCAAUCUGAUUAAAGAGUCCGUUGGGGAAGACAAGUUCAUGCAGAAAUGAAUUCCUUGACGCGGAAAAGGUUCUACGAUAAGCUACCUGUGUGGAUAGUGGAGGACCACCACCAUGUGGUCCAUCACAUCUAUCGAGCCAUUGCAUCAAGACAUCUUCCACUCAACAACAUCAGACUGGUUCAUUUAGACUCCCAUCCUGACCUUCUUAUCCCUGUCAACAUGCCUGCUGACACAGUGUUUGAUAAGGAGAAACUCCUCAAUGAGCUGAGUAUAGAAAACUGGAUAAUGCCUAUGGUGUAUGCUGGUCAUGUGAGCUACAUGGUGUGGCUGCAUCCUUACUGGUCUCAACAGAUCAGUGAAGGAGAGCACACAUUUAAUGUUGGCAAAGACUCAUCUACCACAACCAUCAGGUUGACCAGUACAGAGAACUACUUCCUCAGUGAUGGUCUGUAUGUUUGUGACGAGCUGCUGGAAAACUCAAAACGUCUCAACCUGAACAUAGUCAAAGUAAAUCCUGUCAAAACAUCAACUGGGCCACUUCCAGGGCAUGACACAGAGAGGGAUUCUGUGACACAUUUAUCCAAAAAAGCUCGGACAGAUCUGAGUGAGGAUGGAGAACCUUCAUCUGGAACAACUCCUACACUGCUGCCAACAGAGGACAGCAACUUACAGAGAAAGCUGAGCAGCAAUUGCACAGACUUUGAAGAUAAAGAUGAAGGAUCAACUAGUUAUGUUGUUAGCAGAUUAGCUACAUUUCUGAGUGAAACGGAUCCAUACGUCCUAGACAUUGAUUUGGAUUUCUUCUCCUGUAAAAACCCAUUUAAAGAAAUAUACACGCAGGAAGAGUAUUCCAUCCUCAAGAAGCUCUACUACUUCAGAGAACCAAGGAUGGGUGCUGAUCAGGCAGAGCUGGAGGAGUGUGUAGAUGGCCGUAUACAUCAGUUGGAGGACCUGGAGGCGGCAUUUGCUGAUCUGCUGGAAGAUGAUGGAGAACAGACGGUUACACGAUGGGCAUCUAAACCAGGCAUGUAUUCAUUAGCCCAACUGGUUUCCAGUUUGAAGGCAAGAAAUCCUUCACCUGACUAUGAAAUGGUUCACCAGGCAGGACUGACCUGUGACUCAGUUGAGCUGCCGCAUCACAUCAGUACCGAGGAGGAGAUUGAUGGACUGAUUUCUGCUGUGCAGCUUGUCCUGAAAGCUCUGCCCACACCGACUCUGGUGACUAUGUCAAGGUCUAGUCUAGAUGAAUACUGCCCAGCUGAGCAGGUGGAUUCAGUUCAAAGUAGAGUUCUGGAUGCACUAGAGGCAUUGUAUGGUGACCUUGAUGUGCACAAAGACUACAAAAGCAGCAAUAAAGAUGCUGAGGACGGCCAGCCAAGCACAUCUUAAACUGCCACACAAAUAAUUUAUCUUGAAUGUUUUAACAACUCAAACAAAUUUGGCUCAAAGUGAAAAAAAGUUACCAUGAUUGUCUGUUUCAAAUUUUUUGUACUUUUUCCAGUUUUGGUCAUUUUGUCCCCAAGAUAGGGGAAUAAAAAUUGCUGUGUUUUAAGUGACGUUUUGUACCCUCUUCAACAACUGUUGAUUUAAAGAAAUGUGAUUGUAUGAGCCCAAAAAUAGAACUGAUUUGACCAGGAAUCACAAUUUUCCAUGUCAGAGGCAUCUUACCUUAGAUAAGGAGAAAAGGAACUAGACAGUUCCCCGCUGGUCCAGAGUCCUGAUUUCAGAUUAAGGUCAAUUCUGCAUUUCAUGUGGAAACCAAGGAUUCCAGGGUCUGCAGGAAGAGUGGACAGGCACAGAAUCCACACCGCCUGAAGGUUCCACAGUCAGUGAUGUCUUGGGAUGUCAUGUCAUCUGCUGCCAUUGGUCCACUGUGUUUUCUGAAGUUCACAGUCAGUGUAGAAAUCUAUCAGGACAAUCUAGAGCCCUCCAUGCUCCCUCUGCUGACAAGCUGCAUGGAGAGGUUUUUUUUAUUUUCCUAAAGGACUUGGCACCUGCUCACACAGCCAGAAGUACUGAAAGCGGAUUCAGUUCUUGAUUGGCCAGCAGGCUCCUCUGAUCUUUAACCACAUGGAAAAUAUGUGGGCUGUGGUCAAGAGAUCAAGAGAAAGACGAGACAUCAGACCCAACAAGGCAGAUGACCUGAAGGCAGCCAUCAAAGCUAUCUGAGCUUCCAUUACACCUACACAUAAUCACAGGAUGAUUGUUGAUGCAGCAAUUCAUACAAGGAGGCCUGAGUUCAGAGAAAUGUGUUGCAUCCUAAGGGUAUUUUAUUUAAAUUAUUAUUUUUUUUAUUUAUGGAUAAAGGGCUAUUUAUUUAUGUAAUAUAUUUUAUUUGCCCAGUUGUUUUUGUUCAGCCGCAGAAACAUUGCAGAAUCUGAGCUGCGUGCUGGUUGGGGAAAGAGUGUCAGAGUGUCAGAUGGUCAGUUGUAACGUUGUAGCGUGGAAAAGAAGAAACAUUGUAGCGGUUUUCUGUGUCUGUGCACUUAAAGUAUCAGUUCUUGAUUGGUCUAUUAUAGUCUUCUAAUAGAUCCAGUUUGUGCUUUAAGACAGUUUAAACAAAUCCACACAGCACAUGAAUAAUAGACCUCUGAUCACUGUACUGCCACAUUCAAGAAGGUGGCAACAUAAAGUAGGUCUCAGUGUUCACUGAGGUGUCUAUGUAUUCAUAUCUGUGUAAAACAAUUGUCUCUUUACCAUCAAGCCUUUUGCCCAUGCAUGAAAUUUCCGGAUGUAAACAAUAACAUGGAAGUGGUCCAUGUAUAAUAAUGAAGCUCUAGAAAAUGACAGUUUCAUUAUCUGAAAUGACUGGAAAUAUUAUAGUGUUUUUUACAUGUCCUAGUACUCUUAUUAGAGUCUGUUUCUGUUGUGUGUGUCUGCUCUGUCUUCCCAAAACCCCUGUUGGUCGUGGCAGCUAGGUGUACUCACUCACUUUCUGCUGGAGGUUUCUUCCAGAUAAAGACAAUGGAGAGUUUUUCCUCCCCAUUGUUGAGACAUGCAUGCUUGAUAUUAGGAAUCUCUGCAAAGUUAAAGGAAAAAUGCAAUUAAUUAUGCACUGUUUAUUUCAACUGAUUGUAAAAGAUGAAGGCUGCAAGACAACAACUGGAUACAUUCUGUUUGGUUUUUUUAGAUAGAAAACUUAAUUUAUCCAAUGUGAAUAACAAUCUGAACUUUAUAUGCAUCAUUAUAAUAUCACCAUAUUUAUGUUUAUAUUGUAAGUAUUUCUUACUCUGUUUGCACUGCCAUUAGUUUUUGGAGUCGGCUUUUUUGACUUUACUCUCAUUGUACAUGUGUUGUAUAAAAUGGUUAACUGUGA